AUGACUCGAGAAAGCAAGAUCGUUCACCAGCAGCUCUACUGGAGCCAUCCAGAAAAAUUUGGCCAGGGUUCUCACUCUUGCUGCAUCUGCUCAAACCGGCACAGUACGAUCCAGAAAUAUGGCCUCAAUAUGUGCCGCCAGUGUUUCCUCCAGUACAUGAAGGACAUCAGCUUCAUUAAGCUGGACUAAGUGAACUUCCUUGAAUGGGUCAUCCAGGACAUCUACCUUAUGCAGAAACAAUGCUAGCUCUUUGUAUAUAAAAUAAAAAAUUUAAA